AUGUCUCGCCAAAUUCAACAACCCUCCAACCAGAUCAAACUCACAAACGUCUCUCUCGUGCGCCUCAAGAAGGGGAAGAAGCGCUUCGAACUCGCCUGCUACAAGAACAAGGUCCUCGAGUGGCGAUCCGGCAUCGAGACUGACCUUGACAAUGUCCUUCAGAUCCCAAACGUCUUCCUCAACGUCUCAAAGGGCCAGACAGCGCCCCGCGAGGACCUCGACAAGGCCUUUGGCAAGGGCAAGUCCACAGACGACAUCAUCCUUGAGAUUCUGAAGAAGGGCGAGAUGCAGGUCGGCGAGAAGGAGCGCGCGGCGCAGACGGAGCGAGUGCACAAUGAGGUCGUCAGCAUAGUCGCGAGUAAACUGGUCGAUCCGAGGACCAAGCGAGUCUACACGUCUGGCAUGAUCGAGAAGGCUCUUGACAUGCUCAGCUCACAGGCCCAUACUGCCACACCCGACAGGAGUGCUGCUGGAAGUGCUACCGGAACACCUGCGACGGGUGAGGCUGGUGAGGCUAAGCCCCGACCCCUCCACCACUGGACUGGUGUGAGUACGACAAAGAGCGCAAAGAGUCAAGCUCUCGAAGCCAUGAAGGCUCUCAUUGCCCACCAGCCCAUUCCGGUUGCGAGGGCACGCAUGAGGCUCCGUAUCGCCUGUACUACCAAUGUUCUCAAACAGGCUGUUAAAGGAGCAAAGGCUGCCAGCAAGGAGGAGGACAGCGAGCAAAAGGCUAUUGGUACAGUCAAGGACAAGAUCCUGAGCUACGUUGAACAAGUAGAGAGCCAAGAUGUCGUUGGCUCAGAAUGGGAAGUUGUGGGCUUUGUCGAGCCCGGAGCCUUCAAGCCAUUGUCUGAUUUCAUCGCCAACGAGACCAAGGGACAAGGACGAGUUGAGGUUUUGGAUAUGGCUGUAACACACGAGGACUGA